AAAUAUUACAGAUGACAAAGUAAGACACCUACCUUUACUACUUGACAGUCCGCCAUCAUAGAAGUGUCUAUCGUACAGCUUACAACACAGUGAAACAUAGAUAACAAUAGUACUUGUAAAGGGUACAACACUUUGUACCGCACAUUAACCGACCUUACACAGAUCAAAGUUUAAGAUGAUUGACAAUAAACAUAGUGACACAUUAACUUUUACAUGUGCAAAUAAUUGAUAAACAAUCAUAUACUCGCAUAUAGCUGUGUAUAAGUUUAUUUAAAUCUCGUUGAAAUGAAAAACUGAAUAAAAAUGGGUCAUACAAAAGGUCGUUUGUGGAGAUGGCUGACUAUAUAUUCGGAUAACAUAUGCUCAAUUCUCAUGAAAUCUGCACCAUAUAGACGAUACUGCUUGAAAAUGACAAGGGUGGCAUUUUGGGCAGUUUUAGUUAUACUCGUGGCGUUAUUUAUAAGUUAUUAUUUGGAUACACCAGUACCCGAGGAAAUUCCAGAGAAGUUGACUGUCAAAUUGAUUGAUGCUUCUAUGAGGACGUACAAACAUGUGAUGGAUGGUUUAGUAAAAUUAGGAUUGACUGACUAUUUUUCUUCGCUAGACAGAAAAAUUGCUGACUGGUUUAUUUUAGCACAAAUGACAGGACAGCCUUGGGGUCUGUCCCUUACUGCUGACCAGACGUUGAGGAUCAACGAUACACAAAUUGCUGGCGUACGGGUGAUUCUCUAUGAGCCGGUGUCCACAUACAGAUCUCAAGAUAGACCUAUCUUUAUUUUCAUGCAUGGUGGCGGCUGGACCAUGUUGUCUGUUGACAGUUAUGAUCCACUUAUAAGGAAGAUAUCUCGGGAGAGUGGGGUUGUGGUGGUCUCUAUCAAUUAUCGGCUCAGCCCAGACAACCCUUACCCUGCUGCUCUAGAAGAUUGCAUUAAAGUUGUAAAGUUUGUAACGGAUCAUACGGAAGAUUUUCGAAUAGAUCCUUUCCGGGUUGCUGUCGGCGGAGACAGCGCUGGUGGGAACUUGGCAGCAGCCAUUUCUCUUCGCAUGUCUGAUGUUAUUGCAAUGCAAUUUUUAAUAGUACCGUGUUUGCAGUUCUUUGAUUUUAAAACCACGUCUUUUAUUGAAAAUACAUACUAUUUUCAUGACAGUAUUAAUAACCCACUAUCAGUGGUGUUUGUUACAAACUAUCUAGGAAUAUCUCCCGCUCAUUAUAAAGACUUUCUGAAUAAUAAUCACACUUCCCGCGUUCUUAAGAGAUCUGUGUUUGCUGCUAUGGUAAAUCAGAGUAAAUGGAUGAAGCCAGAAUAUGUCCGCAAUAAAAACCUAUUGGAAGAUUCGAGUAAUGAUCUUAAUUUCGGAAACGACGUGUUGUCGGACAGUAUUGAAAAUGUUCUGACAGACCCGUUCGCAGCACCUCUCAUGGCUAACGAUACGUUGUUAAGAGAUCUACCUGAAGCUUACAUAGUCACGUGCGGGUAUGACUUCGUCCGUGAUGAUGGGAUAAUGUAUGCUGAGCGUCUCAAUUCUGCGGGAACCAAAGUUAUUCAUAGGCAUUAUAAAGCUGGUUUUCAUCACGCGUGGUUCUUCCCACACGGACCGCUAAAGAUAGGCGUCGCUGUAAAUAUAGUUUCGGACCUGGUAAAAGCCCUCAAGAGAAGACUAUAAGUGUGUAUCAUGCUUGUUGAGAAAAAAGUGUAAAAGAAAAAGUAUUCUGCUUAAUGAUUAUUACAACGUCGACAAUAAAUAAGAAUUAAUAACACUAGUUAAUGUAAUAAAUAUUUUGAAGUGUAUAAAGCUAUAUCUUGUGAAAUGUUUUCAUACAGUUUAUCAUCAGUAAAAUUAUAUUAUUUCCACAAUUUUAUGAUCGAUUUUUGAAAGAGGUUUUACAUAACAGAAUGUCUCCGUUAAUAAAAACACUUGUGUACAUGAAUAUUUACGCUAACAGGAAUGAAAUGGUCAUGGAUGCUUUUUAAGUAGGGUUUGAAACGUUUAACAAAACAGGUGCAUGCAGCAUUUGCUAUAAAGGAAAUCUAUUACACAAACAAUUCUUAAUAAUCAAACUAAUAUUUUUGCAGCAGAUAUACAGAAUUAUACACUUUAACUGAAAAUUCUUUUGCGAAUCAAGACAUUUUGGAAAUGGACAACAAACGUACCUAUAUAAUUACACGGUAUGUUGUAAGAGACACGGGCAGGAGACCAAGAGAAAUGUACCAUGAAAACAUUCAACACUGUCACGUGAAGUGAAGGGUUAACUAGGUCAGUAUAGUAUGCUGAUCUCAGUUUACCUAAGUUUUGUCAUUGUAUUAUUUCAUCGUAUUUAUUUACCAUUGAACUAGUCAUCAAUGUUUAUUUUUUACUGUUUGUAGCAAAAAGUGCUAUUUUCUUUCUCUUCUUGAAUCUGUUACAAUGUGAAACAUAAUAUAUAAAUGUAAAUGUGUAAACUUACUAAGAAAUGUAAUUAAGAAUGUAAAACUUGUAUCAUAUAAAUUAUUGACACAUAUAAUAGAUUUAAAGCUUUGUUCGCCUAUAAAACUGCAAAAGUAAUGCAAACUGUGUUAUUUUUUAUACUUACGUCAUAAUGAAACCAGUGAUCGCACCAGUUACAUCACCAUUUUCAACAACAAAUAAAAUAAAAGUGAAAACAUUUGCAAAACCAUUGCAUACCGAAAUUAAAUAUUUUUAAGGGAACUUAAGUCUUAGGUAAAUAAGGAUUACAUUCUAUGUUCUUACAUGUAAAAUGAUAAAUAUUUGUAUAUUUUCAUGAAAAUAAAUGCAUUCAAAAUUU